AUGAGCGACCCGACGCUAUCCCGAGGAGGCCCCGACAGCCCCGGAGACGAAGUAUUUGUGCUCGAUGCACAUAAUGGAUCUCCAAUAGUUACUUUCCUGCAAGAACUGCCUAGUUACCAGUCAAUGCUGAGGAGGAGAGCUUCAGCGGGAACGCGCGACUACCACAGCUUAGCUCGGUCAACUUCUGAAGAGUCUAGAAGCCUUAUAGAAAGGAUCGGAAGUCAAGAGCCUGCAAAGCCGCUGAGAGAAUAUGCGUUAAGUAUUGCAGAGAAAAGGCAGUUGAGAGAUAUUCAGGAGGCAAACAUAAGAUACCUAUCAGGAUGGGACCACUGGAAACAGACAAGCAGGAAAUCGUGGAGGAAGUUUUUAGAGGAAACCAAAGAGUUGUCGUCUUACCUGGAGCUCUGGAGACAUGACAUUCGCAGCAUUGAGGGGAAAUUUGGCACUGGAAUCCAAUCUUAUUUCUCCUUUCUGCGGUUCCUGGUGCUGUUGAACUUCGUCAUCUUCCUCCUGAUGUUCAGCUUUGUCACGCUUCCUAGCACUGUUUCUAAACAUGGUGUCUUCAAUGGCAGCGACGUUCAACCUCUGAAGAGCACAGAGCAACCAUGCACAGAAUAUACAGUUAGUGGGACCAAAGGACUGAUUUAUUUCUACACUUACAUUAUAGAUCUUCUUUCUGGCACAGGCUUCCUGGAGAUGACGAGCCUCUUUUACGGCUAUUACACAGUAGAUACUGUAUAUUUUGGCACUGUGAGAUACAGCCUGCCGCUGGCGUAUUUGCUGACCACUCUGGCUUACCUUUCUCUGAGCCUCCUCUGGAUCGUUAAAAGGUCUGUCGAAGGGUUUAAGCAAAGCUUGGUCCGUAACGAAGAUCAGUUUCAGAGCUACUGCAACAAGAUAUUUGCUGGCUGGGACUUUUGUAUCACCGAUGUGAAUGCUGCACAGCUGAAGCAUAGCAGUUUGCACUACGAACUCAAAACUGACUUGGAGGAAGAGAGGUUAAGGCAGAGAGUGGCGGAAAGAACCACCCGAGAGAAGAUCCGCAUCUAUUGUCUGAGGAUAUUCUUAAAUCUCAUAGUUCUUGUUGUCUUGUCAGCCUGCUUUUAUUCUAUCUAUCGAGCAACUGUCUACUCACAAGAAAAUAUUUCCCACGACAAGAAAAUCAACUUGGUGGAUAAUCUCUGGGUGCAGUACUUGCCUUCUGUAGUGAUCACCGUGUCCAACUUCGUCGCCCCAUUAAUUUUUUCUGUUCUCAUCAAGCUUGAAGACUAUUCUCCGGCUUUUGAAAUCCGGUUGACACUGAUGAGGUGUGUCUUUGUGCGGUUGGCCAACAUUGGCGUUCUCUUGUUCUCCCUGUGGACUCGGAUCACUUCCUGUGCUGACCAAAAGUGCGAAACCUGCGGCUACAACUACGAGCUCUACCCCUGCUGGGAAUCUCAGGUCGGGCAGGAGAUGUAUAAGCUAAUGAUCUUCGACUUCAUAAUCAUUUUUGCCGUUACAGUCUUUGUCGACUUCCCGAGAAAGUUGAUAGUCACACACUGUUCCUUGAAGGCCUGCCGGUGGUGCGGCCUGCAAGAGUUUGACAUUCCUGACAGCGUCUUGGAAAUCGUCUACGGGCAGACCCUCUGCUGGAUCGGGACUUUCUAUUGUCCGCUUCUCCCUGCGAUUGCGACCGUGAAAUAUUUCAUCAUCUUUUACAUCAAAAAGAUCAGUCUGAUGCACACCUGUAAGCCUUCUGCACGACCUUUCAGAGCAUCAAGCUCCAACUUUUUUUUCCUGGUGGUGCUCUUGAUUGGCUUAAUCCUGGCUUACAUUCCGUUGGGACUCAGCAUGACGCACAUCCGCUCUUCGAAAGCUUGUGGGCCUUUUAUGUAUUUUACUCGUUCGUGGGACAUCUUCGCUCACACCAUCGAUGGAUUCCCGGACGUGUUGAGGAAGGUCCUGAGCAGCAUUGCCUCCGAAGCAUUUGCAGUCCCUUUCUUCAUGGUCCUCUGCCUCAUCAUGUUCUAUUUCAUAGCCUUGGCUGGAGCUCACAAACAAGUUGUUAAUCAGCUCAGGGAACAAUUAGUUAUGGAGAGCCGGGACAAACUCUUCCUCAUCAGGAAGCUGACUGAAGCCCAGAGGCUUAGCUGAGGGGCCUGCGGAUGCCGGUUAUACCCUGA